CCCAUAAAAACCACAAUAUUAGACCCCCAAAAAAACAUAAAAGAGUCAAAAACAACUUCCAUAUUUUCCUAACUUCCUCAACUUCUCUUUGUCUCUUUUGUUUUACUUCAAAUUUCAAAACAAAUGAGAACAAUAAUGGCUAAAAACCAACAUGAGUCCUUUUCUUUUUCAAGAAGGUACUUCAAUUUCAAGAAAAAAGUUGAAGAUGAAGAGUACGAUGAUGAAGUUUACUUAAAUGAUUUCCACUCUUCCUCGCUUAGAGGCGAGGAAGAGUAUUUUGGGAUGCAUUCUACAGCGAAUGCAUCCACAGUAAGCAAGAAACUGUCGCGUUCGACAGUUUCUAAGCUUCGUUCGGCUCUUACUUUUGGUAAGAGCCGAACACAAAUAGGGCUUGGGAGUAAAGUUGUUGGUACUUUAUUUGGUUAUAGAAGAGGACAUGUUCAUUUUGCAUUUCAAGAAGAUCCAAAAUUGGGCCCAGCAUUCUUUGUAGAAAUGGCCACUCCUACAAGUCAUUUAGUUAGAGAAAUGGCUUCAGGAUUGGUUAGAAUUGCAUUAGAAUCAGAUAAGAGGACAGGGAAAAAAGGGGUGAAAUUGCUAGAAGAGCCAAUUUGGAGGACAUAUUGUAAUGGUAGAAAAUGUGGCUAUGCAAUGAAAAGAGAAUGUGGGCCUGAUGAAUGGAAGAUUUUGAACUCUAUUGGGCCUGUUUCAAUGGGUGCUGGAGUUUUACCAAGUGAUGGUGAUGGAAUUGGGUUAGAAGGUGAAUUAAUGUAUAUGAGGGCUAAAUUUGAAAGAGUUGUUGGGUCAAAAGAUUCUGAGGCCUUUUACAUGAUGAAUCCUGAUGGUCAUGGUGGUCCUGAACUUAGCCUUUAUUUGCUUAGGGUUUAAACCGUGGCGUCCUGGUCAACUUAUGCUAUCUCGACUAUUUCACUGAGUACCUGUUAUGUUCGGGUUGAAUUAUAUAUGUAUUAGUAUAUGAUCAUAAGUUCUUAUGAAGACAUAAGAAGUUAGUUUUUUAUGAUGAGUUUGGAAGGAGGGAAUAUGGUAUAAUUAUGUAUUUUUGGUUUGUUUUAAUGUACUUUUAGGGUAUGGGGAAAACAAAUUAAAGAUAUGGAGGGGGGUGUGAACUAUAUAUGUAGAGACUAUGUUUUUCUAGUUUUGUUGAAGUGAAAGAUAAUGAAGUAAACUUUGGUACUCUCUUUUUUCUA